AUGAUUGUCACGGGUAAAUUGUCUAAAAUAAAUUCGGAAGUGGUAAAGAAGUUGCUCGAUGUUCGACCUCUGUACUCGGCCGUCAAGAGCCGCUACUCCCAGAGCGUGGAGGACAUAUUCAAGUUCUAUGAUGAGCGACCCGAACAGAGCCUCGCAUUGAAAGAGAAGUACCGAGUCCUGGAUGAGAAGGACUACAGCAGGUUUCUGAGCAAGCGCUCCUUGAGGAGGGAACCCGCGCUGACGAGGCAGAUAACGUCGCUGUCCUACAAGGUUGGCAAAGAAAUGCUGUCUCUCGCUGAGGGCAUGCCCAACGAAGCCAUAUUUCCUUUCACUCGUCUUGAAAUGACCUUGAGGACCGGUCGCAGCAUAAUUCUAGAGGAGAAGGACCUGGCACCAGCCCUACAGUACGUCCCAUCUCAAGGGCUUCCAUCUCUACUGACGGAGCUCCGUCAACUACAGCAGGAUCUACACCGCCCCCCACCACUAGCGCGUGACGUGCUCGUUACUAACGGAGCUCAGCACGGCAUCUACCAGUGUGUGGAGAUGUUAGUGGACCCAGGGGACCCCAUCAUCACCACUGAAUACUCCUACGCCGGAGUCCACAGCGCUCUAAAACCGUACCAUCCAGAGAUCCUCGGGAUACCGGAAGAUGAAAACGGCUUAAUACCAGAAACGUUGGAGUCAGUUUUGAAGGAGAGGUUAGCUCGGGGCCUGAAGAUGCCAAAGAUGAUGUACAUCAUACCGACCGGCAACAACCCCACAGGCACCAUCCUCACUGAAGAGAGGAGGAGACAGGUGUACGAGCUGGCCUGCAAAUACGACUUCCUGAUAGUAGAGGACGACCCUUACAUGUUCUUGAAAUAUGACAACCAAACAGUUCCAUCUCUGAUGUCUCUGGACGUGUGCGGUCGCGUGUUGCGCCUGGACUCCGUGUCGAAGGUGGUGAGCGCCGGCCUGCGCGCGGGCUGGCUCACCGCGCCCGCGCCGCUGCUGCACAGGGCGGAGCUGCACGCGCAGGCCGAGCUGCUGCACUCCUGCACGCUGGCGCAGACGCUGCUGCAGCGCUUGCUGCGCGACCGGCGCGCGCUGGCCGCGCACCUGCGCUCGGCGCGCUCGUUCUACGAGCUGCGGCGCAGCGCUCUAAGCGCUGCCCUGCGCUCGCUGGCCGGCCUCGCGGACUGGAGCGAGCCCAGCGCCGGCCUGUUCCACUGGCUGCGCGUGAGGGGCGUGGACGACGUCUACAACAUGGUCUUCCACACUGCAUUUGAACGAGGACUAAUGUUGAUACCCGGCCAAGCUUUCCUCUACGACAGUAACGCCACCAGCCCGUACGUCCGGUUAACUUUCAGUAAAAUUAAGAUGGAGGACAUCGAAACCGCGGUAGGCCAUCUAGCGGACAUUAUACGAGACGAACAGAAACUUGCAAAGCAACAAAAGAGGCUCGCUACCGAAAGAUAG